GAUGCUACUCAGCGGACGUGAAUCGUGCGAUGAAGCGGAAUACCGGGUUGGUCUCUUCUUCUCCGUCCUAUCAAGAUGCGAUGAAGAGGAAGAUAAAAAAUUGAAUCCAAAUCUGCUUCAAAUCUUCAAUCGACGAGGAAGGAUAGAUGUCGGCCGUGCGAGAGAAUCGUUAUUGGAUUACUGAAUUUAUCCGGUAGCUUAAUUUGGGACGUCUUGGACUGAAAUCAGGCAUCAAUGCCUUGCCUUUUGGACAUCCAUUGAAGCACAUGACUGGUGUAUGAUCCUAGCCCGCCAAGGAUUUCUCAAAUCUAUAUACGGAGUAUCAAAUAAUGACAAGUUCUUAAGCAUUGUCAGGUGGCUUGAUAGGCUAGUGAAAUAUGAUAAUUCUUUUUUGGCUUGGAUGGAUAUAUAAUUCCAUUUGCCUGGGACUACAAUUCAAGCAGCCUCCAAACACCUCGCGGCCUCUCCGCUAUGAAAAGGCGCAAUCGACAUUCAUGGUGAUUGCUCUCGUUUGCAUUGCCGUGCUCGCCGUCUUCUCGGGGGCUCUAUGCAUCCUCGCGUGCCUUUUCCGCCGCCUCAUUCGCCGCCGAGCAGGGGCGACCACCCCACUCGGGGGGUCUGCCUCAGUCGCCGCACUGCCAAAUGAUGAGCGGCAGAGUCCUAGGGUCUUCACCCCGCCGGAGAACUCCUCUCACGACAAGCUUAUCCUCAUUGCGUUGUUUGUCGUCGUCAUCUUACUUUACUACGUCGGCUGGCUCGUGUUCUGCCAUUGCCGGAGGCGUCGCGAGGCGGCGGCCGCCACUGUGCCGAGAGACUCUUUGGAGCUCGUCUCACGUCUCCCGCGCCGCCCCUACGAUCCAGCCGCGGGAGACGAGGCUGAUAGUUGUGCGAUCUGCAUGGAGGAGUUUCAGUCGAGGGAAGCGCUAUCGAUAUUCCAACCGUGCUCCCACUCCUUCCACGUGCAUUGUAUUGCCAACUGGGUGUCUCACAAUACUUCCGGAUCGUGUCCCAUAUGUCGGAGUGUUAUUGGGCUUCAGGAGUAGGCCGGCGGGCGGGGGGGGGGGNCGGCUCCGGCCGCUUGGUGGCUUUGUGAAUUUGUUUAGGGGAUUUUUUAUACUCUCUCCGUUCCUUUAAACCCUUCCACUUUUGAUUUUUGGCAAAAAUAAGGAAAGUGUAAUUUU